AUGCGGCCGACUCGGAGGCGGCAGGUGCCGAUGCGGCCGACUCGGAGGCGGCAGGUGCCGAUGCGGGCCGACUCGGAGGCGGCAGGUGCCGAUGCGGCCGACUCGGAGGCGGCAGGUGCCGAUGCGGCCGACUCGGAGGCGGCAGGUGCCGAUGCGGCCGACUCGGAGGCGGCAGGUGCCGAUGCGGCCGACUCGGAGGCGGCAGGUGCCGAUGCGGCCGACUCGGAGGCGGCAGGUGCCGAUGCGGCCGACUCGGAGGCGGCAGGCGUGGUUGGGCCGGACUUAUGGUCGAUGUCUUAUGCAGGUUGUGAAGCUUCGACGUACAGAGUGACGGGAUUUAAUGAAUUCCUGGACUUACGGCGCAUCACCUUCUCGAACCCACUGUCCUUGCACCGGGUCUGCAGUGUCUGCGGCCUGGUUCCGAGGAAGACUCACCACUUACCCUGUUGUCACAUCCUAUGCGACGGUCCUUGCGGUCGCCAUUUUGAGUCGACUGGAGUUUGCCCGCUGAACUGCCAGGAGGUCGCUGCCGACAGCGUCAAAAUGUUCGAGUUCGAGGAGCCAGAUUAUAGAAAUGUUCUCGUCCGUUGUCUGAAGGGAGACCGUACUUGCGGCUUCUUGUGCAGACUUAUGGAUCAUCGGGAGCACUUCCUCCUAUGUUCGCGUGCGGAGGUCAAGUGCCUCAAGUGCGGUGUGAGCGUGGUCCGCGAGUUCGCGGCGCGUCACAUCGCUGAAUGCGGUGGCGACGCAGCAGCUGUUGGUCCAGUCACUACACAAGUGCCGGAAGAGCUGGCGCACCUAUGCACCGAAGCCGCGUCUAGUACGAAUUUUAUCGGUUCUCUCCCAUGUACCACUGUCGAAAAGCACAAAGCUACAGCCGCGCCCAGCACACUCUACCUGCCAGGACCAUUCCGCGGCGCGUCUAAGCAUGGUGCGUGGAUGCUAAUGUAUACCCUGAAGGACAUGGACCUCUCAUUUCUUCUUUAUCGGGGCAAUGACGCCGUGAUAGCGGGUUACACUUUCCGCAUCGUCUGUCGUCGUCUUAGUCUUCAUAGCGAGGAGAGAUAUGCCGUGUUCACCCUAGAACUGCGUAAAGGGGACUGGGACUGGUGCGUAGAGUGGCCUUUCACUAUGACUGUCGCGAUAACCAUCGCUCACCUUCGAGAUUCGAGAAAAGAUAUCCAGCUGACUCCGUUUCGAAAGAUUGUGGGCAGCCGGUACGUCGAGCUUGAUUUUGCUCUCGAGGACUGGUCUACUAUACGCAAUCCUAGUUUCAUGUUCGACGAUGCACUUUACCUAACGGUCGAGUUUCUGUGAUGCAGUUUGAUCCUGUUUGCCCGGGAAUUCUUACCGAUUGUGUGACUGAAACACCAGGUGAUGAUCAGUGUAUAUUUUUUUUCUGGUGGUGCGCGAGGCCAAUUCGUCUUAAUUGUCUUCUGUAACAAUAACAAUUACUGUUUUCGUUUUAGAAGUUUCGCUUCUUUUAACGACUGCUUUUCUUGCUGUUGCUUUAAUAUGCUUGCUCAGACACGUCUUUUGUUUGCA